AUGCUUUCUGAAUGUGAGAGUGACCCAUUUGCCACCAGUGAUGAUAGCAAUGACAUGGACUAUAUACCAACAUUAAGGAAAAACUCAACUCACAGUAGAGAUCCAGAUAAUAUCGAAAACUCAUCAGAACAUGAUAAAAAUGAGCCGAUGAAAACCAAGAAAAACACACAGAAGAGACAGAGGAAUCCGGGUGCAUGGAGAAGAAAUGAAAUAAAUAAGCUGCGGAAUCUUGGCGAGAAGUAUAUAGACUGGAGAGGAAACUUCCGUCCAAAAAGGCAACCAAAACCUCCUUGUACUAACUGCAGACAAAAGUGCAGCGAAAAGUUCACAGAAGAAGAGAGGAAACAGAUAUUGGCAACUGGGGGACGUCAAUAG